GGCCGGGUGACCGAUAUCAAGGAAACGUAUAGCCUACAUACAAUCACAAGAUGAGGUUUUUGGUUGUUGCCGCUGCUUUUCUGGCUGUUGCCAGUGCUGCCAGUCUUUCUCUGGAGGACAUGGAGUUUCACGCAUGGAAAAUGAAAUUUGGUAAGAUCUACCGUUCUGUGGAGGAAGAGUCUCAGCGUAAGCAGACCUGGUUGUCCAAUCGCAAACUGGUUUUGGUCCACAACAUGAUGGCAGAUCAGGGCAUCAAAUCCUACAGGCUUGGCAUGACAUACUUUGCUGACAUGAGCAAUGAGGAAUACAGACAGGUGGCGUUCCAUGGAUGCCUGGGCUCCAUGAAUAACACUAAGGCCCGUGGUGGUGCUACAUUCUUCCGGCUGAAGGAUGCUGUUGUGCUGCCCAGUUCCAUGGACUGGAGGGACAAGGGCUACGUGACUGGUGUUAAAGACCAGGGGCAGUGUGGAUCAUGCUGGGCCUUCAGUGCAACUGGUGCCCUGGAGGGUCAGACAUUCAAGAAGACAGGAAAACUGGUGUCCCUGAGUGAGCAGCAGCUGGUGGACUGCUCUGGUUCUUUUGGGAAUAUGGGCUGUAAUGGAGGACUAAUGGACCAGGCCUUCCAGUACAUUGAAGCCAAUGGGGGUCUGGAUACAGAGGAGUCCUACCCAUAUGAGGCCAUUGAUGAUCAGUGUCGUUUUAACCCGAGCACUGUGGGUGCCACCUGCACAGGAUAUGUUGAUGUUGCCAGUGGGGAUGAAAGUGCACUACAGGAGGCUGUUGCCACAAUCGGCCCUGUAUCUGUUGCCAUCGAUGCUGGACACAGCAGCUUUCAGCUCUAUGAAUCAGGUAUCUACAGUGAGCCUGAAUGCAGCAGCUCUGACUUAGAUCAUGGCGUUCUGGCUGUUGGUUAUGGAAGCUCAAGUGGAGAGGACUAUUGGAUCGUCAAGAACAGCUGGGGUCUGGACUGGGGUGACAAGGGCUACAUCCUGAUGUCCAGGAACAAGAGCAACCAAUGUGGCAUCGCUACUGCAGCCAGUUACCCUCUGAGUAACUUUCCAGGGAUGAGGUUUUUGGUUGUUGCCGCUGCUUUUCUGGCUGUUGCCAGUGCUGCCAGUCUUUCUCUGGAGGACAUGGAGUUUCACGCAUGGAAAAUGAAAUUUGGUAAGAUCUACCGUUCUGUGGAGGAAGAGUCUCAGCGUAAGCAGACCUGGUUGUCCAAUCGCAAACUGGUUUUGGUCCACAACAUGAUGGCAGAUCAGGGCAUCAAAUCCUACAGGCUUGGCAUGACAUACUUUGCUGACAUGAGCAAUGAGGAAUACAGACAGGUGGCGUUCCAUGGAUGCCUGGGCUCCAUGAAUAACACUAAGGCCCGUGGUGGUGCUACAUUCUUCCGGCUGAAGGAUGCUGUUGUGCUGCCCAGUUCCGUGGACUGGAGGGACAAGGGCUACGUGACUGGUGUUAAAGACCAGGGGCAGUGUGGAUCAUGCUGGGCCUUCAGUGCAACUGGUGCCCUGGAGGGUCAAACAUUCAAGAAGACAGGAAAACUGGUGUCCCUGAGUGAGCAGCAGCUGGUGGACUGCUCUGGUUCUUUUGGGAAUAUGGGCUGUAAUGGAGGACUAAUGGACCAGACCUUCCUGUACAUUGAAGCCAAUGGGGGUCUGGAUACAGAGGAGUCCUACUCGUAUGAGGCCAUUGAUGAUCUGUGCCGUUUUAACCCGAGCACUGUGGGUGCCACCUGCACAGGAUAUGUUGAUGUUGCCAGUGGGGAUGAAAGUGCACUACAGGAGGCUGUUGCCAUAAUCGGCCCUGUAUCUGUUGCCAUCGAUGCUGGACACAUCAGCUUUCAGCUCUAUGAAUCAGGUAUAUACAGUGAGCCUGAAUGCAGCAGCUCUGACUUAGAUCAUGCCGUUCUGGCUGUUGGUUAUGGAAGUUCAAGUGGAGAGGACUAUUGGAUCAUCAAGAACAGCUGGGGUUUGGGAUGGGGUGAACAGGGCUACAUCCUGAUGUCCAGGAACAAGAGCAACCAAUGUGGCAUCGCUACUUUAGCCAGUUACCCUCUGGUCUAA